UUUAGUUGUCGUGGAAUAUAUAAGACUCGCUGAAAACUGUGAGCGUAGGUGUGUUUGCCUCUCGGCGACGCAGACCUGUCAUAUCCACCAUGACGAACACUUCAAUUGGCGCGCCUGCUUCUCUUCCUGUAGACGGAAAAGCCAGGCAAUUCCUGCAAAUGGCAGUGCAACGAGAACCAUUGAAGCUCCCGCAAGAACUCGUUGACAUUAUCAUCAACGACCUGCAGGACGACAUGCCGACACUCUGCUGCUGUACGCUCGUCUCUCGCGAGUGGGUGUUUUCCGCGAGACGCCAUCUGUUCAGACAUGUCACCGUUUACAUGAUCCGUGACUCAUUAUUCUUCAUGCGGGACACACCUCCUUCCAUCACGCACAACCUCCGAUACUUGACACUGGCUUAUGGACGGCUUCGUCUGCACGAUUUCGCCGCGGUAUUGAGCCGCUUUCCCUCUCUACAUCUCCUUCGUCUCGACAACCUUGACAUACAGCAGACACACCAGAGCAUGUUCAUAGAUCGGCGUAUCAUUCCUUGCUGCACUACACAACUCUUGCUCGAUAGAAUCGCGCUAAAUCCGCAACUCCUUGAACUCAUUCUGCUUUACGUCCACGCCUCAGAACUCCGAAUCUCUCGUUCAUGCCAGCUCCGCAGGUCACCGCGUUAUUACGCCACAUAUGCGCCUACGCGAGAAUAUAAGCUCUCUGAGGACCUUGUUGAUACGCUUAGGGCCGGGCACAAACUCGAGCGCAUCGAUCUUGACCAUCAAGAUGCCUGCGAGCUCAUUGCGAAAACAAUGCAGCGAUUCCCCAUACCGCUCAGUUUCUCUUCCGCCAGCUUCCGGUGGAUUGUUUCAGGCGCCGGCCGUUCGAGCCUAGAAAUGGUACUCCAGGGCUGUGGACCGAAGCUUACCUCCGUGGCGCUGGACCUUACUACAUUCUAUCAUGGUGCGCAGCAAAGGGAACGAGACGCCUGUGCCAAAUUUUGGCCUGAGGAGCUGUCCCAACAUCAGUCAUAUCGCCCUCAAGCUCACAAAUCCGAGGGACUCCUGGGGUAUUCUCAAGAAGAUGCUUACACAGUUAUUCGCAGUGGCCGGAAGGACGCAGCCCCUGGACCUUGAGAUAGCUUUUUCGAUGUCCUCGUUGCAGCAUGUCGGCGCGUUCGACGUGGUGCUGGCGGAAUAUGUCCCCGAACGCAUAAAAACGGUCAAGCUUCAGGCCCAGACGAUACUGCCGUCGCUGAUAGAUAGCGCACCUGACUUCUCAGGAAGGCGUCUUAACGAAUGGGAACGGGCGGCCGUGG